AUGUAUAUACUGGUGUGCAGGUAUACCCGGAAUCCCCAUCUGUGUAAGGGUAAAGAUAAGUGUCACUCUAAUAAGAGUAAUAAGGCCGGGAUUGUGGUUAAAUCAACUAUUGGUGUUGCAGUCCCCGCUUUUGUAGCAGUCAUAUUGCUUAUAAUAUAUCUUAGAAGACAUAACUCCAACAAAAGAAACAAAAUGGUGAAUAUGAACGCCAAUCAUGCUGUAACUGUGCUCAACCCUGUGAAGUCUCGUUCAUUUAGUCUAGUUGAGAUGAUGAGAGCUACACAGGAUUUGAGCCAAAAGAUUGGCGAAGGGGGUUUUGGAAGUGUGUACUUUGGCAAAUUGCAGGAUGGUAAGGAUGUGGCUGUAAAGCUUCUCUCGUCCACAUCAAAACAAGGAGCAACGGAGUUCUUGAACGAGAUCGAUCUGCUAUCUCGAUUGAAUCAUAGGAACUUGGUGUCCUUGCUUGGCUAUUGCAAUGACUUCAAACAACUUAUGCUUGUUUAUGAGCACAUGCCGUGUGGAUCACUGAAAUACCACCUCUACGGUUCCUUGUCCAAAUCUUCCACACUCGACUGGAAAAUCAGGCUUCGAGUAGCUUUAGAUGCAGCAGAAGGUAGUAUAUCGCCGAUGGACGUGAAAAGCUCAAAUAUCUUGCUCAAUUCCAGACUAUGGGCAAAAGUAGCAGAUUUUGGCCUUUCAAAAAUGAUUGGCGAUGACAACGCAUCUCACGUGACCACUACUAUAAAAGGAUCGGUUGGCUACUUGGAUCCAGAGUAUUUCCGUACGAGCAAGUUGACAGACAAAAGUGACGUAUACAGCUUUGGAGUGGUCUUACUGGAGAUUAUAUGCGGCAGGAAACCCAUAGACGCGGAACGGUCCGAAGAAGAGCUCAGUCUUAUCAAAUGGGUCAUGCUGCAUAUAGAGAUGAAUGAAGAAUCUGGCAGUCAAUUGACAGAUAUCCUAGACAAAAGGUUGCGUCUGUCCGAAAAUGACUUCAAAUCCUUUUAUGAUCUAUUGGCUCUGUCAAUAAAAUGCAUUCAGAACGAGGCAUUCAAAAGGCCAACUAUUAGUGAGAUUGUAACACAUAUAAGAGGUGAUCUGAUUUCAGUCGAAUCAAAUGACACGACUCAAGAAUACCUACAGUCUUUCAGCUUUGCAGAAUAUAGUUGCAGCUUAGUCCAAACUGGUAGGUGA